CCACAAUCUCCCGGCCCCCAAAUCUGAAGAGAACUAAAGGAACAAAUACUGGCGCAAGCGCAGGAAACACGAAGCAACUUCCUUUCUCAAGCUCUCAAGGAAAGUCUCACGGCGCGGUGAUUUUGACCUCAUUUCCGGCGUCCUUCUUUGGAAAGUCAGACUUCAAGAACUGCGACUGCGCGCACGGGAGCUUCCAGCCCCUCACUUCUCUUCUGCGUCAGACACGUGUAGCCGAGGGAAAUGGUUGCACUGGCUAAGGAGAUGAAGGAAUCUCGGCUCGUGUCGCACGAGCAGAUUAAAAAGGCAAUAGAAGCUUUGUCGGGAUAUAGAAAGAACAAUAAAAAUGCUAAUGCAUUACUUUUGAAUGAGAAUGAGAAUGUGUUUUUAAUGGUGACAUUAUGGAAAAUUCCCCCAAAUGGAAAAGAAAUCAGAAUACCUUUGCCACAUGGUAUUAGACCUGAUACAAAAGAAGUUUGUCUGUUUACCAAGGAUGAAUCCAAUUUAACUUCAGAACAAACAGAAAAUUCUUAUAAGCAGCUUUUGCAAAAGAAGGGGAUUACAAACAUUACUGAGGUUAUCCCUUACACAAGAUUAAAAAAUGAAUAUAAAUCUUAUGAAGCUAAGAGACGCCUUUUAACCAGUUUUGACCUGUUCCUUGCUGAUCAAAGAAUUAGAAGACUUUUACCCUCACACAUAGGAAAAAAUUUCUAUCGUAGAAAGAAAAUACCUUUAUCAGUAGACCUCACUGCUAAGAAUUUGUUGGAACACAUCAAUAGAGUUAUCCAGGGAACUUCAUUAACUAUCAGUAAUCAUGGUUGUUGCAAGUAAGUAACAGUGUUACAAACACGUGUGGGUCACACAGGAAUGCCUAUAGAUCACCUAGUGGAAAAUAUGUUGCUGCUGUAGAUGUACUUUUCAAAAAGUUGCCCUGAGGAAAUGGGAGAGUGUAAAAUUCUACACCUGAAAACAGAAAGAUCUCUUUCCCUUCCAGUCUUUUCUUCAUUUGUCUCCCAUGUGAAUCUUCUCAGAAAAACCCAAAAUCAAGGGAAAAAAGUGACUACCAAACCUGCCCAAACUUCAGUGAAGCCUGAAAAUGAGUGUGCUUUGGAUAGUCAUGAACCCAGUGCAGAAAAAGAGGACAAAGCAGAGCCUGACUCAGAAGAUGAGAUUCCACAGCUUGUUCCAAUUCAAGCAACAUCACCUCAAAAGUGCCCAGAGCUUCAGAAAGUAGCCCUAAUAAAGGAGUCUACAGGAGAGAGCCUCAGUGCUGAGACACCACAAGCUGAAACUCCUGGUAAAAAGAGAAAGGCCUCCAAGGUUCUAGAGACUCCAGAACAGAGUAACAAAGGUUCCACAGAGUUGAACAAGACUCCAGCCACUGGCAAAUGUAAGAAGCCAAGGAUCCAUCCCCAAAAAACCUUGGAAACAAAAGCUGUUCCUCAGUAGCUGUCAAAACCUUGGAAUAGGCUCCCAAGAAGUUAAGGGGUCAUUGAGUACUCAUCAUAAAGUAUGAAAAAUUGAAUGACUUUUAAAACAAAAUCUAUUUUACUUGCUUUUCUACUUAACACAAUGAAAAAAAAAAAUAAAUGGAUUUCAGUGUUAUUUCUAUGUGCUUUCAGUUCCCUUAAAAUUCUGUGGCAUUUGUUCCUGAACCAGUCUUCCUCACUGUUAAAAAUAUGUCUGCAUUACUGGUUUUCUUCCAAAUGUUAACCUUAAACCUUAUGGCUUAAGCUGUUUCUUAUCAGAUUUAAUGCAUUUGUUUACUUUGUUAAUAACCUAAAAUAAGUCUCAUUCCUGAUGGCAAGCAGUGAAUCAAUACAAAGUUAGUGAAGGCAAGAGAGGAUAUCGUUAUCAUUUGUAACACUUUCCCGCUUUUUCCUAUCCCUUAUUUGUUCCUUAUAGCCAAACAGGUACCAAGCCUAUAGGUAGGUUUUAACUAUAGUGUUAAAAUAUUCAGAAUAGACUAGGUCUGAUGGCUGAAAACUGUUUUGUUUUGUGUUUUUUUUAACAUAAGUAAAAAUUCAUCAUGUUUGCA